GGAAAGCUGAUAAUAAUUAUAUUCCUGUAUUCGCGAUACAGUCCAAUGAAUGUAUAGCAUUUUGCAUUGUUCAUUUGUUCUCCUAAAAAAAGGAAUAGAAAUUAUUUGCUUACUGGGAAUUCUCUAAUUUAAUCUUAAGAUAUAUACUGUAAUCGUGAACAUAAAAAGAAAUCUAAAAACAUAACGUUAGAAGAUAAUAACGUUAGAAGAUAAUAACUUGCGAUUCGUUAAAACUGAGUUUUAAAGAUUUUAUCGAAAAUAUAUGUAUAUAUGUGAAUUAAUAUCAAUUCGAUCAACACAUCAGAAUUAGUAGAGUGAAAAAAACAAUUAAUUGAGGGUUGAACGGAAACCGAUUGAGUACAAAAGUUUACCAAAAAUGCAAAUUAUGUUUGGAACAAUUAUAUGUGUAUUAUUGAAAAGUUUUAUACUGACAAAAGCAACUAUUACGUUUAUGCCGAGAGAUUACAACACUUCAAACAGCUUCCAAGAAGAAAGUGUUGCCAUAUGUCCGUAUUUCAUAGAGGAUAUUUCAAUGUCCGAGAAAAGUGAUCAUUAUAUACUAAAUUUCAAAUCUGACCGGAGUCAUUCUGAUAGUACUGUGAGAAAGCGAAAAGACGAUGAAGUUACACUCGCAAAUAUUUCUGUCAUCCCAGAAACAAUCAAAAGCGGUUUGAACAAGCCAACAUCUCUCAGAGCAUUUGUACAAUUCGACAGUCCAUUCACAGAAAAAAUAAACGACAUUUUUGUGACAUUGAGAUGGGACCAACCUGAAUUUACGAAUGAAAUAAUACAAGGAUAUACAUUGCAGUGUUUUUUCAUCGAGAAUUUAAAAGAGAUUCAAAUCUGCGACGAUAAAAAUAUUACAACUACAGAAUUGGAGCACACGGUUCACAAUCUAACAUUUAACGCGACAUAUUAUUUUCGAGUACGUGCGCAUACUAAAAUAGUUGCUGGUCCUUACACGGAUUUAAUUAGUGUGUCGACUACAUAUGAAAAUCCAGUACCUAAAUUAUUACUCAAAACGUAUCGGAGUGUCCUAAUAUGGGACGUGGAUUUAAACAGAACUAAUUUCGUGUCGUUUACUGAUAGAAAAUCAGUAGUAUAUAUCGCUUAUUGUAUACAAGACAAUAGAAUUUAUUGGACUAACGAAGAUGAUCUAAUGACAUUCAAGAUUAAUGAAAAUAACAUCACGAAAAUAGCUACAUUGUCUUUUCAUAUAAAUGAUCUCUGCAUCGACUGGGUAGCAAGAAAUCUAUAUUUGAGCUAUUCAUCUUCUGACUCUUAUAUUUUAAAGUUCGACAUAACAAUGUGGGAAAAUGACAUAAUUAAAUUUGAUGAAAUUUACAAAAUAUCAAAUUCUCAUUAUUAUUUAAGUGUAUCACCGUUUAUGGGAAUUUUAUAUGGCAUGUCAUACAAUUGGAUAAAUGAAGAAUAUAAUAUGACGAAAUAUUAUCUCGAUGGAAGAAGUGAACAAAUUGUUCAGAUAAAUUCAUCCUUUUGCCUAAGUUCCCAAAAUCUUACUUAUAGUUAUGCAAUUGAUAACACGAAUAAUGAGGAACCGUUAAUUUACUGGUUGUGUAAAGAUCGCAUAUUUGUGACAGACAUUAACGUUUCUAUGUCCAAUACGAUUUUACAUAAUCCAAACGCAUAUAACACAACCUUCAGAUCUAUAACGAUUGACAAAACAAAUAUUUACAUUGGAGCAUUUAAUAAUUUGAAUCAACGUAUCGUCUACGUUUUUGAAAAGAAAUUUGCAAAUCUCAAGAGCGUCUCAAAUUCAUACAAAUGUAUUGUAAACAUAGAAAUAGGUUUAAGUGAAGACAUUGAGAAAAUUUAUGUUUCUGAUAGAUCUUUACAACCAUAUCCUCCAAUGAGAUGUCUGACACCUGAUGAAAAAGUUUAUAAUUUUGAGAAUGUGAAUGCAACGGGAAACAGCAUCGUUGUAAAUCUUCCGGAGUCAGUUGCAAAGAGUGGAUGCAAAAAAUAUAAUUUACCAACUACUAUGUAUACUAUCUUCGUAAGCUGUUUAGACAACAAUCUCAACAAGUCUGAGAAAUUCAAUGUGCAGACGUUCGAGCGAUAUUACGAGAUUCAGAACUUAACACCAUUUACAGAGUACAUGUUGAAGUUUACUUUAAGCAAUUUUUACUUUGACCAAUUAUCAAUAAAUCCAUUCGAUUCGAAUGUGAUAUCAAUAAAAACUAAUUCGGGCAAGCUUAAUGCACCAGAAAACAUAAGUGUUCUAGCUUUGACGCCUACUAUGGCAGUAGUUUAUUGGAUGCCACCCAAGAAAGUGAACUGCGUGGCCGUGACUUACGAAGUGCAUUGGAAGACAGUUACAUCAGUGAAUGGCACGCAACAAAAGGACAAACAAAUGAUCAAUGUGCCGAAACGUGUGGCAGACGGCAGAUUUUUCGCAAAGAUUAACUUAUCGCUACCAGUAGAAGAUUAUUUGAUAUACGUGCGUGCAUAUCCAUUUAAUUUCAGCGAUUUCUACAGCGAGAGAUUAAGCGAGAUCGUUCACACAUACUCAGAACCAAACAAUAUUUCUUUAAACGAGAUCGAUGCAAUUUGCAUAGACAUUUCAUGGAUCUCAAACAUCAAUCUGACGAUCUUUUCUACACUAGAGUACAAAGAUGUUACAACAGACGAGUGGCAAACAACAAAAUAUAUUAAAAUGAAUUAUAACAAUGAAGCAAUAUACCGUAUCGGAAAUUUACAACCGAGAACUUCAUACGUGUUUCGCUUGAGAUUAAGCUAUCUUGAAUAUGCGGAAAAUUUUACAUGGCCGGCUGAUAAAAGAUUUAUUUUUUUAACGCCUGAUAUUUGGGACACUCCUGGAAUAAUGGCAAGAGAAUAUUAUUUAUUAUUGGUGUCAAGUUUUAUCGUUAUAAUUAUUAUACCCUUCUUCUGCUUCUUUUAUUGUUUGUAUCGUCAACACAGAAGUAAUAAUGAACAAUUUUUGUCUUCAACAAUGACCGAUAUAGAAUGGGAAAUUCUACAUGAAGUAUCUUACCAAUAUAAUCAAUUCAAUACGAUUUACAGUCCUAUGUUACAUUAUAAUCCGAAUGAAUGUGCGAUAACUAAAAUCGCACGUAAACAAAUUAUAUUUGGAAAACUUAUUGGUAGCGGCGCAUUCGGAAUGGUAUAUCAAGGAAAGGUGAAGAACUUAGAAAAAUCGGGGACAGAGACAUCCGUUGCAAUAAAAACGAUUCGGAAAGAUGCUUCUUUCCAUGAGAAAAAGAAAUUGUUAAAAGAAGCCUUGCUUAUGAAUCGUUUUCGACAUGAACAUAUAUUAAGAUUGUUGGCCGUUUGUUUAGAUGGAGAUUCUCCGUUACUAGUGUUGGAACUGAUGGAAACUGGCGAUCUGUUAACAUAUUUGAAAGAUUGUCGAAAUUUGCAAGCGUCAGAUUCGCAUGCUCUGCGUUUGCAGGAUUUGCUCGCCAUGUGCGAAGAUGUUGCGCGAGGUUGUUGCUACUUGGAAGAGUUGCGUUUCGUACACAGAGAUCUAGCAUGUCGCAAUUGUUUAUUAUCUUCGAGAAAUCGCAAGGAUCGUGUCAUUAAAAUUGGAGAUUUUGGACUAGCUAGAGAUCUCUAUAAGGAUGAUUAUUAUCGCAUGGGAGGAGAAGUUUUGCUUCCUGUUCGCUGGAUGGCACCUGAAUCUUUGAUGAUCAACAUAUUUACUUCUCAAAGCGAUGUUUGGUCAUUUGGUGUUUUAAUGUGGGAAAUUACAUCGUUGGGUGAGCAACCUUAUAUUGGCAAGGCUAAUGAAGAAGUGAUAAAUUAUGUACGUGUUGGAGGCAGGUUGCCGAUUACUCUUAACUGUCCAUCAGCAUUGUACCAGUUGAUGCUACGUUGCUGGAGUGCAGCGGAUGCUAGACCAAAUUUCGAAUUUUGUCUGAAAAAUAUUAUAGCAUUAAGAAAGAACAUAAAAGAUGCCUUACUGAGUCCAGUCGAUGCUAUUUAGCCAAUAUAAUUAAAUUAAUGUUUCUCUUCUUUUCCGAACGAUUCAAUAAAUCGAUAUUUAAUA